GGGAGCUUGGGAGCGAGUGCCCCACUCCGCCGUGCUUCCACGCAAGUGGCUCUGCCUGCGAGGCUGCUUCCCGCCAACCUCCGCAGACGGCAGAGACUGCAAGCGACGCCGACAACUGAACAAACUCCAAACCACACCCGAAGUCCACAGUCGAUUCGUUGUGCCCCACGUGCCCGAGCGAGACGAACUACGCCCCAACCGCAAAGUCUCCCCUCAGACGACCAGAAUGGCGGACGCCGCGCUGAAGCCAGAGAAAGACUUCUCCAAAGAUGCCGACAAGCUGAUCCCCGAGGCCGAGAAGCUGGCCAUAUCGGACCUCGCAGCGGCAAUCGAGAAGCUCAGCGGACUGGAGAAGCUCGCCCGCCAGGCCUCAGACCUCGCCACCACAUCACGAGUGCUCAUCGCCAUCGCUACGAUAUGCAAAGAUGCCGGAGAAUGGAGCACUCUCAACGACCAGGUGCUGCUGCUCUCCAAGAAGCACAGCCAGCUGAAGCAGGCCAUCACGAGGAUGGUCCAGACCGUCAUGGGCUUCCUGGAUGCCACGCCGAAUCUCGACACCAAGCUUUCCGUCAUCGAAACUCUACGCACCGUGACUGAGGGCAAGAUAUUCGUCGAGGUGGAGCGCGCGCGCGUGACCAAAAUCCUGUCGGACAUCAAGAAGGAGCAAGGGGACCUCAAGGCCGCGACCGACAUCCUGUGCGAGCUGCAGGUCGAGACGUUUGGUUCCAUGGAGCGCAGGGAAAAGACGCAGUUCAUACUGGACCAAGUGGCGCUUUGCAUCGAGACGGGCGACUGGGCCCAGGCAGGAAUCCUGAGUAGGAAGGUCAGCACCAAGUAUCUGGCACGGAAGCCCAAGAAGACGCCAGAGCAGCUAGAGAAGGAGCGCAAGGACCGGGAGAAGAAGGAGAAGAGGGGCGAGACGGUGCCAGAAGUUAAGGAAGACGACACCACGGACCUGAAGCUGCGCUACUACGAGCAGCAGAUCGUUCUCGCGCAGCACGAUGACAAGUACCUCGACGUCUGCAAGCAUUACCGACAGGUUCUGGACACCGAGGCUGUCGAGGAGGACCCCGCCAAGCUCCGUCCGGUUCUCCAACGCAUCAUCUACUUCAUCAUCCUAGCCCCACACGACAACGAGCAGCACGACCUGCUGCACAGGAUCCACCGCGACACGCGCAACUCGCAGGUGCCGCUGGACGCAGAGCUCCUCAAGCUCUUUACGGUACACGAGCUGAUGCGCUGGCCCGAGGUGGCCAAGACGUUCGGCCCGCACCUUUGCUCGACGGACGUAUUCGAUGCCGAGGCGCCCCCCGCGCUCAAGACGUCGAUGGUCAAGGAUGCGGCGGCGGUGCCCAAGCCGCAGCGGCGGUGGGCGGACCUGCGCAAGCGCGUCAUCGAGCACAACGUGCGCGUCGUAGCACGCUACUACACGCGCGUCGAGAUGGGCCGGCUCACGCAGCUUCUGGACCUGACCGAGGACGAGACGGAGAAGUAUAUCAGCGACCUCGUCACGUCCAAGACGGUCUACGCAAAGAUCGACCGCCCCGCGCGCGUCGUCAGCUUCGCCCGCCCCCGCGACGCCGACGACGUGCUCAACGAGUGGAGCUCCAACAUGCGCUCGCUCCUGGGCCUGCUCGAGCGCAUCGACCACCUGAUCACCAAAGAGGAGAUGAUGGCACGGAUCCAGCCCGGCGCCGGGAAGGAGAGCAGCAAGGGCAAGGGGCAGGCGGCAAAGGUGAAAUAAAGGGAAGAGACUUGAGUUUUUAGUGGAGCAAGGCUCUCGAGGCAUCGCCAGAGCCAGGACGAUAAUCGGCGCUCACGAAGAUGCUAGUCUAGAGACAAAAUAGGUGGACUAGACCUCUGUCUCUCGUCGCAACGAAACGGACCUCCUCGGUGUUCAGCGGCCUGAAACCCGACAGCAAAAUGGGCGUAAUUGUAUGAUUCUACUAGACUUUGGUUGGCCCCUUGACGAUUUUGGGGACGGUAUAGAGUCGGAGUCCUCAAACAACAAUGCCCUAGUCACGUCUUUCCCAUCGCUUCGCGUGCCGUCAGCGUGCCGACCUUCCAAAGGGACAGUUAAACUGUGACUGCACACUGUUUGUUACUGUGAUUUUGAGAGUAGGCAUUUAUAUUCCAUAUAUGGCGAGUACUACCACGUGCCUCCUGUGCCUUUAUCUGGGCUUGUUUUUAUUCCUUGUGGACGACCAACAGUCCAGCUCCUG